AUGGCGAAGAGAGAACAGGGCAAAAGCAGACUUGUUGUGCACCAAAUUGAUCCAACUGAGUGUCCGUUCAGAGAAUUUAGAGACAAUGAAUUGAGUCCAGAGUUUUGGGGAAUGGGUCCAACAGCAUUCAGAAUCACCCAAUACACCACAAGCAAAGUAGCAGUUAAGCCGGCAGCGGAUUAUGUAUGGGUGGAUGAGCAAACUCAGCCUUUACCGCGCUCUGCUAGGCAGUACCUGCAUGGAUGGAUCCGGGCGGAGGAGCUGGCUAUAAGGCGAUGGGGGGCCGAAGCUGUUGUUUUUGAGGAAAAUGGAGAUAGAAAGAUGUCAGUUAUGGACAUCCAGUUUAGCCACGCCCAAGUGCUACUGAGGUCCUCAUUCUGCAGAAAAGUGCUGUCCAUUUGCUACAUACUGGAGAGAGCGGAUAACGUAGUGGUUGAGCACCAGUGGGAGAACUUUGUCGCAACCAUACAACCCGAGGGUUGGAGAGCGCGGUAUCACAUCUACUCGCCAGGGUUGAAGCCAGGUGGCGGCCAACAGCAUCGUCCGACGCUGUCUAAAAAUGGUUGCUACCUCGUCCGUCUGUUUUACCUCGGGGCCUGGCGCUGUGUUUGGGUCAGCGACCUUGUGCCGGUGGAUGCGACGGACUCUCCUCUCCUUCCGUUCUCUCCGCUCGUCUGCCAAGCGCCAAAGUCGGGAACUAAACCUGCGGCCACUGUCACUUCCAGCUACGUGCAUCUUUGGCCGCUGCUGCUUUGCAAGGCACUACUGAAGCUUGCUGCGCCAGAUAUGAGUUCAGAUGAAGAUAUCUCUUUCGAGGACGAGCCUAUGAUGGAGUUUGAUAUACUGCACGCCUUGACUGGGGCCUUGAAUAUAACAUAUACAUUUGAUGAUACUGAAUCGUUAUGGAAGUUUAUAACGUCAGAGGUGCCGCUGUUCUUCUGGGACGAUGAUGACGACACUAUCACCAGCACUGUCAAGUCCAAGAACACCAAGAAGCAGACCACUAAGGAAACUGCAUUUGUCAGGCGCGGUACCAGGACGACAAUUUUUCUCGAAGACACGAAGAAUCUCCCCAAUUACGCUCUCCCGGGGAUCUCGCCAGGACAUGAGAUGAAUAUGUUGGUGACGAUGGCCAGGGAUCUGCCGUUGAAGAAACCACUUCCUGAACCUGAAGUGGAAAUGUGGAAGACGUAUCGAUGGGUGGAUUGGGCUCGAAAGCACGGAUUGUACGAAGCAUUCGACUGUCCGCGUACAAGAUUCCUGAAAGUGAACGGCCUUAUGAAACUCUCCUACGCUCCACACUUAUUAGAUGUUCAAAGUACUGAAUCGAUCACAUUUAAAUUUCGAGAAGAGCAAGACAAAACUAAUCCUCCAACAAAGAAAGGAAUGAAAGACCUACCACCCACCAACAAUUCGUCCACCGCACAGCAAGCGAAGGAAGAAAGGCGGGAAUGGGUACAAUUUAGUGCGUUACAAGAAUCAAUUAAAAACGUUACCAACCUAUUCUACCCAUCGAUGCAUCAAUACGCAUCGUUAGCAAGCAAUCCGCCAUCAAGAAUAAUGAAAGUACCAAUCAGUAAAAAUAUAGACACACAUGCACCAAACUCAGCUCCUUUAUACCUUCAAAUCGACGGACCGGGUGAGAAUAUUCUAAGAAUUUCUCUGAACGUGCUUCAAACAAGAGUACUUAUUAAUUGCGGUGUGCCAAUAUUUGAUGACAUAGAACCAGCUUAUUUAAUAUUGGAGGUUUUCGAAUGGUUUGCCGACUGCACUCUGCCAAUGGCCAAAGCUUAUAUAGAGACGCGGGAAUACAAUAGUCUGGAAAUUGAAUUACCUCCUGGACGCCAUUUCUGCAGGAUCUGGGUGCACUCCCGCAUGAAUUGGCACGCCAUGUUUCUAUCCGACUCGUCGUUAUUACUCGGGACGCGUGAUGUAAUUCAAUGUUCUGCAGUCAAAGAGUGCCCCUGGGCAUCCCGCUUCCUUUCAAACGUCGGCACUGCGUUCUCUAAUUGGAUACGAAUGAAUAAAUCCACUUUCAAUAUGGCGGCAAGUGAAAAGGAUUUUUUCAAAUCAUACCAACCAGAUUUGGAAUGGGAUGCCCUACUAGUGGGCUACAGGAAAUGCUUACUCCACUGGAUGUUCAGACAAGCGCUACAAUCUCUGCUGACAAAACGACUCCUGCCUGACGACUUCCGUGCCGUAUGCACAGUUCUAAGACAACAUUUCUGCGAUCCAGAUUUCGGUAUGCCACCUAAACCGAAGCCUCCUAAAUCCUUCAGAACCAUCGCAGAUAUGGAUACAUGUGAUUGUGUUAUGCCUGAAGUUGAGGAGACAGAGGCUAUGGAAGAAGUAAUAAUGGAAGAACAGGUUUUUGAGGAAAACCCCAUAAUAGAUCCACAAAAAAUGAAGAAGCUGCUAUACUCCCCAGAACCACCUUCAACUUCCCAGGUCUGUGAUCUGGCUUCCGAAGAUCUUCCUUGUGGUAUAUUAAAAAGGGAACGGGAGUUGUUGAUCAGGAAACAUGAAGCAGCUACCUGUGUUCAAGCUUUUUGGCGAGGCAUUUGGGCUAGAAAAUGCUUGACUAGUCACGUGCUAAUAACGUCAGAUAUCUUGAAAAUGAUUAUGGAUCACGCCUUCGGUAAUUUAGAAGCGCUAUCAGCUUUGAUGAAUGAAUUCUUCCUAUUAUAUCCUGGAGCAAAAUACGCAUACUCAGUGGCAUCUGGCCUUUCUGGAGUAAUAGGACUUCGCCAAUAUAGUGGAACAUCGCCCGCAACAUCCAAAUGUAAAUGGAUCCCGUACUUUCAAGGAGUGUUCACCUGUCAUGCGCCGGUCAAAGUGCAUCUAGAUGUACAAAGCUCUCUACCGUACAGCACUUUUUCUGUUUAUAAUAAUGAUACAGGAAAGCAGAUGCCGCAAGUUUAUAACGCUCAUAUUACUUUUCACUUCGAGCCAAACGAUCAUGGCUACACAAUAAUGGGCCACGGUACUUUGAAUGAAGCACCAAGUGCUUACACGGAAGUUCAGUGGCAACUGACAGUGCUCUCGUCCACCGCUGACGUGUUCCACAUCUGCGACAGUGAUAUGAUAGAGUCGUGCAGGGAACUACCAUUGCCCCAGUCCAGUAAAAUGCAUAUAGAUGAGAUCUUCAUACCGAACAGGAGGAAUAUACUUGGUGGAAUGCAGAUAUCGGUACAGAGGGAAGAGUAUAUCAGCUUCAGAGCAGCUGCAACCUUGCCUGAGUUGGAAAUGGAAGCUAUACUGAGUACUACCUUAUCUGAGGGUGGCUUCCAAGAACUGGGAAGGUGUUCUGGCACCGGAGUAUUGCAAUGGCCUUACAUCAAACUCGAGUCAGCCCACAUGCCAUAUAGUUUGAGGAGGGCCAAGACGCGCUCUGCCACUUCACACGCAAACUUAACUUCGGCUCCUCGGGAAUCUGUAUUUUCGAGUGCUAGAUCACUGAAGACUCCGAGAGGGCCAAAGGCGAGCACAAAAUCCAAAUCAAUGACCAAGAUUAAGGACGUAAAGCCUUUGGAGCCAAAGCAAUACACAAUCAAAGUGACAGCACGUAACGGAUGGCCGUUAACGCUUGCGCAGUGGAUCAGGGUGAAUGAAGUACGUAACAUGUAUGGGAGCGAGGUAGUGGAAGUGACACCGAAGAAACCACAGACAAAGGAUAAGUUUAUUAUAAUUUAGGAUAAAAACAAAACAGAAGAACUCUACCAGCCUCAACCGGGUGAUGCAUACGUGGAACUGGAAUGUUCCCUGGCUGUCGGAGGAGGAUCUCAAGCAAAACGUGACGAUGAGAGGGAACUACAAUUUGCUGCCGAAAGGAAGUCUUGGGAUGUAUUUGAACCGGGAAGAAAUUUAAGAGGCGCCCAGAUUAGAAAAGAAUUUCGAGCUGAAUUCCUUGAAGCCUUGACGCCUCCACCCUCUGAAAGCUCACAAACUGUCGCAGAGGAAAUAUACGAAGAGCUAGAGGGAGAAGGAAAAAAAGAUGUAUCAUACCCUGCUCAGCAAGGCCCUACUCCAGUGACCGAAAGUGGUACGUUCGAACUGUCAACGGAAAGUGAAGUGGAAUCGACGUAUCUUACGAUGCCUGAACAGUUGAAAGACAAAUUUGAACCGCUGUACUUCGUCCCACUGUGUACUAAAGAAAUUGAAAGCAUAAGAGUCACUCUAACACCGGGCAUGUUACAAGCAGCUGUUAGUACCCGUAACACCAACAUUGAGGCGGCAUUGCAGCGAAUGAGUGAAUUACAGACGUACAACGAAGCCUAUGUUCUAGGGCGACAGAAAUAUAGGUGUCAGCUGCUGGAGAAACUGUUUGUUGAUUCGCAAUGGAAACUAGAAUUAAAUCAAGCAUUGGAAGAAAGGGAUGAUGCUAUUGCUCGUGAGGUUCUACAGCGUAGUUUAUCCGCUACGAAGAAAAAAAUGGAGGCGAAAAAGAAGUAGAAAUGUGACCCUGAAAUAGCAUUUGAUUGGACAUGAUUAUAUUAUUAUGACAUUAGAUAUUCGUUCGCCGCUAUGGAGUUUAGCUCGGGCGUCGGCCAUAUUGACUUUACUGUCCAUUACAUCACACUGAUUAAUAUGGCUGUACGGUGAUAUACCUUUGCCUGCUCCCCAUGGGAAAGAAUAGGCAAGGGUGCUCCAACCUACACGUCAUCAAUGCUUUCAAGCGAUAAUUAAAAAAAAGAAAUACAAAUGGAACGGCUAUUUAGUUAAUUG